AUCACAAGCAGUCAUCUGCACUUUUUCGACAAAAAAGUCGUUUCCGCAAUCCACACAUUUCGAUAUUGAUGUCUUACUCCAACUGUCUUUGUAUCACAGCCAACGGUCAGAAAAAUGGCGUCCUCAAUCAAUACUUUGCUCCCUGAAGGGAACGACGGCACGUCACCUCCGCGAGCAGAGCAACACGAUUCAAGUGCUCUGCCCAUUAAGACGACGACGACGACGACGACGACGACGACGACGACUACGACGACGAUGACGACAGAGUCGCCGCCCAUCAAGGUCCUUGUUGCCCAUGAUAAUAAAGUCAACCAAAAGAUAUUUUCCAGGUACUUCAAACUUCUUGGCCACGACGUCGAAAUCGUAUCCGACGGCAAGGAAGCUUUCGAGACUUACAAAAAGAACCCCGAGAGAUACCAAGGCAUCCUGAUGAAAACUGCCAUGCCAGUCAUGAACGGCAUGGAAUCCACGAGACUCAUUCGCGAGUUCGAACGGGAGAAGAAUCUGGAACCGUGCAGCAUUGUGUGGACUGUGGCUUGUGUGCUAUCGACACGCAAGGACUUGGUGCAAAAGUAUGCCGUCAACGACACAUUAAGGUGGCCUGCGAAGAUGGGCGAAUUCGUCCGCAUCCUAAAUGGGGCGGGCAUCCCAACAGCGCUCCCAGAGGCGUACAAACCAUGAAUCGU